CUCUCUCUCUGUCUCUAUGAGGGUGUAUUUUUUGGAAAAGGGACGAUGGUGGAAUUGUUUUUCACCGGUGAUUGUUUUAUUAAUCUAACCGUUUCUAUACUGUUCAUGUUGAAACAUGUAGAUCGAUUUUUUUUUUUCUGUUUCUUUUUGAAUGAGUGAUUAUUCUGUUUUUUCCCCCCUAAAUAAUUGGUAAAUACAGAGAGUUUAAAAGUCAAAGGGGGCGCCAUUACGGACCCAGCACAGCUCACGACACGGCGACGUAAAUAACAGUUAGACCUUUUUUUUGUUGUUGUUGUUCGAAACGCUUUUAUUUUCGAUACACGGAUCAAUGAUUUGUUUUCGUCUUACGGCUCGGGCAGCGUGUCAACACGGUCCGAACUGUCAAUCGGGGUUGAAGUCCGUAUUCGGCCGCUCUGAGGAUCUAAAGGCACAGCUAGUUCCUCUGAGGUUCGAUGUGGACGGUUUCAGCGCACGCAUGAAUGAAUUCUUAAUUCGAAAUUCUAAAUUCUAAAUUCUUAUUGUGAUGGAAUUCUUUAUGUCAGAAAGCAGCACUUGAAGUGUGUACUAAAAGAAAGAGACUGUUUAAACACAGCAAAGCGCUCCACGAUGCCCAAGCUCAACGGCAACCGUUCGGAGGCCAGAAGCCCGAGAAAGCGCCGCUGGAGCCGCUCGAGCAGCGGGAGUGCGUGGAGCCGCUCGAGCAGCGGGAGUGCGUGGAGCCGCUCGCGGGAGCGCGUGUCGAGUCCUGCGGCCGAUGACCACAGACACAACGGGACCGACGAGCGCAAGUCGAAGCGGUCCGAUAACAGAGAGAAGAGCCGGAAGCGCUUCCGGACGGGCGGCUCGCGCGCUCGGUCCAGAACGAGAGGACGAGAGAAGUCGGUCUGGGCCGACGAGCAGGACCGGGGACACCGUGCGGGCUCGAGAUCCGAUUACUACUACAAGAGAGACGAUAUCCAAAGGCAAAGACGAGAAGCCUUCCUCGCCAGGCGCUUGCAAGAGCGUGAGAGAAUCGCUGAGCAGGGAUGUCCUGAGGUCUGGGGCGCUUCACCAAGAGUCCGAGACCCGGACUCGGACGAACCCGCUCCAGUUGAAGAGGAUGUGAAGAACAGCAGCUCUGAGACAAGUCCCGGAGAGGACAAGAUUAAGAAGGAGAAAAAGAAGCGAAAAUCGAAAGGAAAAAAGAAAAGUCGCAAGCACUCGGAGGACACCGAAUCCGAAAGUGACUCGGAAGAAGAGGUCAAGAAGAAGAAGAAAAGUAAAAGGAAGAAAUCCGAGAAGAAGAAGAAGAAGGCUAAAAAGAGCCGCAAAGAGUCGAGCGGUUCCAGCAGUGAUCGGUCCUCCGAGGAAGAUGAUGAUCUCGGAGUACUGUGGGUGGAGAAAACUCUUCUUGAUGAUAACGUGAUUGGUCCUGAAGCUCCUCCAGCUCACCCGGCCCAGUAUGAGAAACCGUUAGAUUUCGGCCGCGCUCUGUUGCCCGGUGAAGGUGCCGCCAUGGCGAAGUACGUAAAAGCAGGCAAGCGUAUUCCGAGGAGAGGUGAGAUCGGCCUUACCAGCGAUGAGAUCGCGGACUUUGAGAAAUCCGGCUACGUGAUGAGCGGAAGCAGACAUCGGCGUAUGGAGGCUGUGCGUAUGAGAAAGGAGAACCAGAUCUACAGUGCUGAUGAAAUGAGAGCCCUUGCCUCCUUCAACCUGGAAGAAAGGAGAAAGAAGGAAAUGAAAAUGCUUUCCAGUUUCAGGGAAUCCGUGUACAGAAAGACUCAGGGAAAAGACGAGAACGUUGAAGGCGGUGCUAAAACCCCAGCUCUGGGUUUCAUUGUAUGAUCAUUUAGUAGGAACUUCUUAAUGUGCGAAAUUGACUGAGGAAGUCAUUUCUCAACCUUUGGCUGUGUUUUAUUUUCUCCUCUGGAUUAAAAAAGCUUCGAGUCUGAA